GCACUUGACUAGGCACCUGGGCGGGGUCGGGGCCUUCCUUUUAUCCGGAAGUGGACACACUGCGCAUGCUCUUUCCUUUCCAGCGCCCGGGCCCGCUGCUGUCGCCACGAUGUUGAUGCCCAAAAAGAACAGAAUUGCCAUCUACGAACUCCUUUUUAAGGAGGGAGUGAUGGUGGCGAAGAAAGAUGUCCACAUGCCUAAGCACCCGGAGCUGGCGGACAAGAAUGUGCCCAAUCUCCAUGUCAUGAAAGCCAUGCAGUCGCUGAAAUCUCGUGGCUAUGUGAAGGAGCAGUUUGCUUGGAGGCAUUUCUACUGGUAUCUGACCAAUGAGGGCAUCCAGUACUUGCGUGAUUAUCUCCAUCUGCCCCCUGAGAUUGUGCCUGCAACCUUGCGCCGCAGCCGCCCCGAGACUGGCAGACCACGGCCCAAAGGUCUGGAGGGUGAGCGUCCUGCUCGUCUUACUCGGGGAGAAGCUGACAGAGAUACCUACAGACGCAGUGCUGCUCCACUUGGUUCUGACAAAAAGGCUGAGGCUGGUGCUGGAGCAGCGACCGAAUUUCAGUUCAGAGGCGGAUUUGGUCGUGGACGUGGUCAGCCUCCUCAGUAGAACUCUUUGGCCCUGCUUUUUUGUGUAUAAUAAAAUAGGUUUCCACUAAGAGGAUGCCUUAGAUGAGUACCUGCGCAAAGGGGGAUCUCUUUUGAAUCUGAAGUGGAGGUCUGGUUGUAUCUCCAGAAUUUUGGCUUGCAUUAUGCAAUAUUGUGAUUUGUGAAGCAGCUGGAAUACACAGAGCAUGUCUUGUGAAACUGGUGUAACUUCAUCUAAAAGGUUAGAGGGCCCAACUGUUAUUGGCUAUUGAUAGGGUGUGCUUGUUUGGCCUGGCUUGCCAUACUUCCAGAAGAAUCUGUCAGUGAAAUAAAACAUGAAAUACUGCACUUUUGGACCUGCUCCUUCAAAUAGAAAUUAUACAGUUGACACAUUCUUCACUAGUUCAGUUCCUAACAUGAGUCCCUGCUUGCAGUAGAGCAGGGGGUCACUACCUUGGAUCUCUUGAUGCUGCUUGGAAGAAACAGGAGAGAUCAAGUUCUCCUAGGUUUUUGUGCCAGAUGCAAAUAGGCAGGCAGGCACCCAUUUCAUCAAGGUCAUUUGACAUGGGCAAUACAGGAUGUUCUCUUAAUUAUGUAAGGUCAACUUCUACUUAUCUAGAAGUUGCUGCUCAGCCUCUCCUGGCUAUGUCUGUAUUUGCCCAGCUUCACUUAAACUCUGACUUGUGAGCUCUGGAUUACGUCAGUUCAGUACUGCGAACAGCAGCAAAUUUUUUGGCAGAGGAAAACUUUCUUGUUUUUAUUGAAUCAAAUACAAAUAAAGCAAUCAAUACCGUG